CUGGUUGGGGACCCCCUGUUCUACAGCACGCGAUGAGGUCCAUACUACUUGACAAAUGCCCAUUUUGCUGUCCUAAUGUUUUUUAAUUAUAAGAAAACACGCGACUAGGGACUAGUAGACAAGCAAAUAUCUGUAGUUUGAUUUGUUUUUAACAUAACUUUUAAUGUUUAUUAAUAGUUUGACGGGCUGCAAUGUGAAUGAACGGAAGCUGCGGACCGAAGCAGCGUCGCCGCUUCUGACUUUGCUUCAUUCGACAGGAGAAUGGUUUGGACCUUGGAGUGGGUGAUUAUGGCGCUCACACGGGCUCUGCCAGCAGCACCAGCUGCCUCCUUAAAACCAUAACUGGCUUAAAAACAGUACCAAGUGACCGAAGUUCCUGUCAGCUACCACGACAUUGCGAUAAGGUGUAGCCUGCUGGAAGCCUGCUCGUGCUCCUGAAUUCUCCUCCAAUGGCGGAGGAGGAGGAAGAUGAGGUGGUCGUGGCUAUGGACUAUCUGCUUGAGCAGGUGAUGCUCAAGGACCUGAGCAAGAGGCUCCAGGUGGGCCAGGAACUGGUGGCGCUAAUCCUGCAAGAGGACAAGUGCCCAGAGAUGGAGCAGGACCAGGGAACGCUGGAUAGGAUCGUGGAGACGGUGGCCAGCUCAUGGGUCAACUCCAGCAACUUCAAGGUGGUAUUGUUGGGGAUGGACCUACUAUCAGCCUUUGUCAGCAGACUGCAGGAGAGAUUCAGGAUGCAGGUCGCGACAGUUUUACCCAGUUUAAUAGAUCGUCUGGGAGAUGCUAAGGACCAAGUUCGGGACCAGGACCAAGCACUUCUACUGAAGAUCAUGGACCAGGCUGCCAACCCACAGUAUGUUUGGGAGCGAAUGAUUGGAGGCUUCAAACACAAGAACAACCGGACCCGAGAAGGACUCUGCCUCUGUCUCAUCGCCACCUUAAAUGUGUUUGGAUCACAGAGUCUGACGCUGAACAAAAUAGUUCCUCACAUUUGCCACCUCCUGGGAGACCCCACAAGUCAGGUGCGUGAUGGAGCCAUGAGCUGUCUAGUGGAGAUCUACCGCCAUGUUGGUGAACGAGUGAGGAUUGACCUCGGAAAGAAGGGUCUACCUCAGUCACGAUUGAACGUCAUCUUCAGUAAAUUUGAUGAAGUCCAGAGGUCAGGGAACAUGAUCUUGUCGCCUGUGUCAGAUAAAAACUUUGAGGACGAUGAUUCACUGGAUGGUGGCUGCUCUUCAACCUCAUCCAAAGCAGCAUCGCUGGCUGGGAGAAAGACUGUGAGUGUUGGUUCGCUCAGACGCACCAAAUCAGCAGGGAGGGAUGGUUCUGCUGCUGGCGCAGUGGAUGAGGAUGACUUCACGCAGGCCUUUGAUGAUGUUCCCACCAUGCAGAUCUACUCCAACAGGGAGGUAGAAGAGGCCAUGGCCAAAAUUCGAGAUGUGCUGUCGGAUGACAAGCGCGACUGGGAGCUCCGUGUGGCCGCGCUGAAGAAGGUACGCUCACUUCUGUUGGCUGGAGCAGCAGAGUUUGACGGCUUCCUGCAGCAGCUGCGGCUCCUCGAGUCAGCAUUUAAACUGUCGGCCAAAGACCUGCGUUCUCAGGUGGUUCGGGAGGCCUGUAUCACUCUUGGACACCUGUCCUCAGUGCUCUGCAACCGCUUUGAUCAUGCUGCUGAGGCCAUCAUGCCGACCCUCCUCAACCUGGUGCCCAACAGUGCCAAAGUCAUGGCCACUUCUGGUGUGGCUGCCAUCCGCCUCAUCCUCAGACACACACACUACCCUCGUCUGAUCCCCAUCAUCACCAGCAACUGCACCUCUAAAUCUGUAGCCGUCAGAAGGCGUUGCUAUGAGUUCUUGAACCUGCAGCUGCAGGAGUGGCACAUGAGUGCUCUGGAGAGGCAUGGAGCUGUUUUAAUGGAAACUAUAAAAAAAGGCAUUCAUGAUGCUGAUGCUGAGGUGCGCUCUUUGGCCAGGAAGUGCUACUGGAACUUCCAUGGCCAUUUUAGUCAGGAGGCAGAGCAGCUGUUCCAAAGCUUGGAGUCGUCCUAUCAGAAAGCUCUCCAAGCUCACCUGCGUAGUGGAGACACGUUGAUGUCGCUGCCAGCAUCUGAUCGCUCCUCAUCCUCCUCACAGGAGAGCCUCAAUCGACCUUUGCCUGCAAGAAGCACCCAUGGAAGGAGCAUGGCCAGAUCCAAAUUGGGCCAAGCCUCAAGACCACCCGUUGGCCCCUCCUCUUCUGGCUCCCUACAACGUUCUUGCAGCGAUGUGGAUGUCAACGCAGCGGCCACUGCUCGCACGUGGAUGCCGGCCGUGUCCUCGGCAGUACAAUUAUCGAAUUCGUCCUUCAGUUCUGCCUCUGCUCUUCCACCUGGAUCCUAUGCUUCACUCGACCGCUUGUGGUGUGUUAAAGCAAAUGGUCGUGUCCGAACACAGAAAACGAGCACAAGGAACCGUCCAACGGUGCCUGACUGUCGGGGUCGUAGCAAAGGGAAAGUCGUCUCACAGUCUCAGCCCGGAAGCAGGUCUGGUUCCCCAGGCCGAGUGCUGAGCUCCACCUAUGGAAGGAUCCCCAGGGCAAGCACGGGGAGUGCUAGCAAUGGCGCCAACAGCAGCCUGAACGACAGUAGGCGACCACGAGGCCACCGCAGCCAGGGCUGCAGCCGAGAGACCAGUCCCAGCAGAUCAGGAUCUGCACGAAGCCGAAUCCCUCGACCCAGCAUGAGCCAGGGUUGCAGCCGCGAAACCAGUCGAGAGAGCAGCUGUGACACCAGCCCUUCCAGGGGUUUCUCCCCCCUGGACCGGCUAUCUCACCAGGCUCGGAUCUCGGCCUCCGUCAAUGCCAUGAGGAUCCUCAACACAGGCACUGAGGUGGAGGCUGCCGUUGCUGACGCACUGCUCUUAGGAGACUUGAGGAGUAAGCGGCGGUCGGGACGACGGCGCUUUGAGUCGCCGGGUAUGUACUCUGAUGAUGACGCAAACAGUGAUGCCUCUAGUGCCUGCUCGGAGCGGUCGUACAGCUCUCGCAACGGCGGCCUGGCGCCACAUCAUGUGCGUCAGAUGGAGGAUAUGGCUGAGGUUCUGAACCACUGCGCCAGUGCCAACUGGUCAGAAAGAAAGGAGGGCUUGCUUGGAUUGCAGAACCUGUUGAAGAACCAGAGAAUUCUCAGUCGUGUAGAGCUGAAGCGGCUCUGUGAGAUCUUCACCAGAAUGUUUGCAGACCCUCACAGCAAGGUCUUCAGCAUGUUCUUGGAGACUCUAGUGGACUUCAUAGUUGUGUAUCGGGAAGACCUGCUCGACUGGCUGUUCGUCCUGCUCACCCAGCUGCUGAAGAAAAUGGGCGCCGACCUCCUUGGCUCUGUUCAAGCCAAAGUACAGAAGGCUCUGGACGUCACACGAGAGUCCUUCCCGUACGAGCAGCAGUUCAACAUCCUGAUGCGGUUUAUCGUGGAUCAGACGCAAACACCCAACCUGAAGGUGAAGGUGGCUAUCCUGCGCUACAUUGAGGCACUGGCACGCCAGAUGGACCCAUCUGACUUUGUCAACACCAGCGAGACACGCCUGGCUGUCUCACGCAUCAUCACCUGGACCACCGAACCCAAAAGCUCUGAUGUCCGGAAGACCCUUCAUAACUGGGUUGGGGAGGAUUUGUCGGGCCGAGCCGGCACCGUGACCUCUCUGCCUGGAGAGGGCAACCUGGAGGAGAGGUGCAAGCAGGCGGCCCAGGUGGUGCUCAUUGCUCUGUUUGAGUUGAACACACCAGAGUUCACCAUGCUGCUCGGCGCUCUACCCAAAACCUUCCAAGAUGGGACCACCAAGUUGUUGCACAACCACUUGAGGAGCACGAGCACCAACAGCGGCAUCAGCAUGGCUUCCCCCAGUAGCCCGACGGGUCGUGCAACUCCUCGCCAGCCUAGCAGCCGCAGCAGCCCACUGACAUCCCCCACCACCUGCUCCCAUGGGGGGCUUUCUCCCAGCAUGAUAGAAUACGACAGUGAGAACCUGAACUCUGAGCAGAUCUACAGCUCCCUGCGUGGUGUCACCGAGGCCAUCCAGAACUUCAGCUACCGCAGUCAAGAGGAUCCGGUGGAGACAUACAGGCCAGAUGAAAAACGGGACACCAUGUGUGGGGGCGCCGCUAACAUACACUCGGACCUUAGACUUCAUGGUGACAUGGUGGAGGCCGGGAGAACAGCUGUGGACAACAAAACAUCUUUACUGUACACACCUUCGCCACGCUUGUUUCCUGUGGCGCGUUUCAGAGACUACAACCCUUACAACUACACAGACAACAUCAGCACGUUGGACAAAACCGCCCUAAGGGAGACCCUGUUUGAUGACAGUGUGGAGCUGCGGCUAGAUGGUCACCAAAAGGAAUGUGCUGAAAACAAGAUCCAGGACCCCAGAAAUGUCCCAGGAGCAACCGAGCGGCUGCAGCUGGUCGGGGAGCUGCUGAAGGAGCUCUCCCGAGGCCCAGCAGGUGAGCAUAGCACCGAGGAGCGACGUGCCACCAUGCUGGAGCUGCUGAAGGUGGCCCGAGAUGACAGUCUGGUGGUUUGGGACGAGCACUUCAAGACCUUGCUGCUGCUGCUCCUAGAGAUGCUGGGAGACAAAGAUUACAUGAUCCGGGCGCUGGCCUUGAGAGUCCUGAAGGAGAUCUUGAGAAACCAGCCAGCCCGCUUCAAGAACUAUGCAGAGCUCACCAUAAUGAAGAUGCUGGAGGCUCAUAAAGACUCGCACAAGGAGGUGGUGCGUGCGGCAGAGGAAGCUGCAUUCACACUGGCGGGCUCAAUACACCCGGAGCAGUGCAUCAAGGUCCUGUGUCCCAUUGUGCAGACGGCUGACUACCCAAUCAACUUGGCUGCCAUCAAGAUGCAGACAAGGGCCAUGGAACGCAUCAUAAAGGAACCACUUCAUCAGCUGCUACCUGACAUCAUUCCAGGACUCCUUCUGGGCUACGACAGCACUGAGAGCAGCGUGAGGAAGGCCAGCGUCUUCUGCUUAGUGGCCGUCUACGCUGUCAUCGGCGAGGAGCUGAAACCCUACCUGUCUCAGCUCACAGGCAGCAAGAUGAAGCUGCUCAACCUGUACAUCAAGAGGGCCCAGACGUCCACCAGCAAUAGCAGCAGUUCUUCCGACAUCUCCUCCUACUAACACUCCCGUCACUUUUCUACCAGUUACCACCUUUUGCUCAUCUUGCAGUGAAAAUCUUGAAAGCAAAGCACCAUCCUGAGCUUCUUCCAUGUGUGUAGGAUGAAAGUAGAUGAUGGCGAUGCCAUGUGCCUGAACAAAGUCCUCCCUUCGCUUGCACAUCAUCUCUUUGGCAUCAGUCAGUGUUUAUGCUCACAAGCGUACAGCUUUUUCUUUAUUAUUAUGAAUAACCAACUGCUGCACUCUGCUGUAGCCUUCCCGGACCAUGACAGAAAAUCUUUUCAAAGCUGACAGGAGUCAUUUGGCUGGCCAAUGAUCUGAAGCUCAACACGUUUUUUUAUUGGUUCCACCUAACAGAACAUCUCCAUUUCUUUGUUUAAAGAAAGUGAGAAUAUCAAUGUGAAGCAUUGGAAUAUUUCAAAGAGGAAGCAACAUUCCAUUCUUGACAACACUAAACAGGAAACUUGAGUGUCUUACAGAUUCUGCAGUGAGAAACUACAAAUGUGACGUGUAAGACGUGUAAGAGCAAAUGAGGAGACGCACCUAUAAGCUUGUAGUUGGAGAAUGUUACUUUUCUUGUAUUUCACUAUGGACGAGUGAAUGAGCAUCAGAAGAGUCCAGUUACUCUGGUGCGCCGCUAAGUGAAGACUACUGUCAACAUUUUUUGUAUUGUACGUAGCAUAAAGGUCAAGGUGGAAAAGCCUCUAAAAGCUGUCAGUGUUUUGCCAGCCAGCCAAUGGGAAGACGUUGUUGCAAAUAUGCUUGAAAAUGUGUUACGUAUAAGACCUAAAAAAUGUGAACCAUAAGACCAUCACCAGCUGCAGUAGAGAAGGUAGUUCAUGACAAGAAUGAUCUUUGCAGUGAAUGUCAUUGUGAGCCGUCAUGACCUAGUCUGCGUCUCAAAUCCCGUCAGUACACUUCAAUAUGUAUACUGUGUACACUGCGUACUUAGUUCCUGAGGGCAUGCAUUUUGAAUGUAGUGCUGUCCCCUCCCCAAUGGUUAACUCUUGUUGAUCGCAAUGUUUAUCCGCUUCCUCUUUUUCCCUUUUCUCCUUUUUGAUGGUGAAUUGCAGCCACUCCAAUUAAUCCCUCCCCUUUCCGCUACCUAGACGAUGACUGAGGGCGGUUUGGGGGCCCAUGUGGGGCGUGUUGAGCGUACUGACGGCGCACUGCAUUUCGCUGAACGCACUUAUGCACUCAAAAUGUGUAAGCACAGAAGUGCACGAGUUGCGUCAGUGCUGCUGCUGCUGCUGCUUCCGAUUGAAAGUCCUCUGAAAGGUUGCAAUCGUGUUUGGCUGAACUUUAAACCACUUGUUUGGCGCUGAAUUUCACGCUGAGUUUAGAAGUCAUACUGAAACUAUGCUAUUUUCGACAUUUUAGACUUAAGGUCUCACUAUGUAGUGGGAAGUCAUCACACAGCAUCACCACAUCAUUUUGUACUUUUGUCAGUGUUUGAAAUGUGCCUCAUGCCUGCUUCAGAGCUGCACAUCUUCUCAUCACAAGCUUUGACAGGACAGGCAAGUGCACCUUCAAUUGUCUUCCCACAACCUGGCCUGUUCAAACCCAGCAGUGGGUGGAAUGUCGUCCGGUUCUAGUGACCCGGUUUCACUGUCAUCCCACAUCUUGAACGCGUGCCUUUAGUUGAACAUUAAUAAUCUUUCCUACGGCCUAACUAAAUCCAUUUUAGAGCAAAUGGGGGUGAGAAUUGAAACACCCUUAUGCAUGCCCCCCCCCCCCCCCCCGCCGUCACGCAAUACUAUAUUUAUACUAUAUGUCACCAGUGAUGCAGAAUUUAAAUAAACUAUCAGACUUGUUGUGUGUUUUACUUGUAUGCCUUCAA